AUGCAUCAUCAUGAUCCCAAGCUCGUCAUGAGGCAUUCGAUCGUACAAAGGGAGGUCGUCCCGCCUCUACGACUUCCCCUCCUCCUGGUGCCCUCUGCCACGACUCUUCCGGGUACUGGCUUGCCCUCGCUAGUGGUCAGAGCUCCCAGCUCCUCAGAAUCAACGGAUACGUCGAAAUGUGGAGGUAAUAAAUGCGAGACGGCAACAAGUAACAUGACAACAACGGUUCUGCCCAUUGUGCUGGGUGCUGGUGUGCCAGUCAUCUGUGCGAUCGUCGUCUUGGUCUUCUUGCACCGACGACACACCAAGAAGCUGCUCCAUGAGGAUGCGAUGGAUAAGCACAAAUCAUUGGACUUUGGUAUGGACGACGUCACCCCCCGCAAACCCCGAAAGCUGCCCAACGGGCUGGAGGCCGAGAUGUCCCAACCCAGUCACUCCAAGGGUCUCUCGCUCGAUUAUCGUCCCGCAGUCUUUACCACCCAAGACAAUGGCUCGGUGCGUUCUUUCCCUCGUAGCCGUGGGGACGAUGCCUCGAGUUUGGCGCCCUCCACCCGUCAGGCCUAUCCGGGCGCCGAGGACCCCAACUCGGGUCUUUUGCGCAAUGCCCAGGGCAUGUCACGCACAUCUCCUCCUCGGUACAACAGUCCCCCUGCGGACAAGUUGCCCCAACGUCCGCCCCCCGCCCACCAUCCCAACCAGACUGGACCUCCCAUGCCGGCCCCCGGGCCUCAAAUCCCGCCCCAACCCGCUCUCAACCCCAUGGCCGAGUUGCACUUUGAGGCCGAACCCCCUAUUGUCCACCACACGCAGGCCACGCCCCAAGAAGAACAUCCCAAUUUCCCGCUUCCUGCUCACAAUGAAGCUGGCCUGCACGGUCAGGCCGUGACGACGAUGCCCACGCCCAGAAUCUCCUUCCCCGCCAGUGAUAUCACCGUGAGUGACUAUGGUGAUGAUCGGAAACCCGAUCUGACCAUCAAUGUCCACGCUGCCGAGGAUCAUCGACCCCACCUGGGUAAUAGGCAGCCGCCUCACAUGAACGACGGGCAACCGGAAUCUCACGAAGUUGCGCAACAGAAGCUGGACGUGGAGUACGAGCAAAACAACCGCCCCGACACCCGCCGGCUGACUCUCGGUGUGCGACCUCUGCCCCCAGAGGACCCCGCGGAUAACCCGGAGCAGCGUGCCAACCGAAUCCGCUCCUUCUACAAGGAAUACUUUGACGAGAGCAAGCGAGAGACCACCUACUACCAAGACUUUGGCCCCGAGUUCUACGAAGAUGGUGGCUACGUCUAUGAUCCCACCACCGGCGAUUACUAUGAUUCCACUGUUCCUCCAGCGCUGCCAUAUGCCGAACCGAUCACCCGUCGUGCGAUGACACCGCCACCGCGCGCUCCCCCACGAUUCCAAGGUCAGGCCCGUCACAUGGCCACCAAUUCUGCUGGUCACAACAACUACGGCGGCCCUGGUCCUCGCGCCUUCUCCUCGGCGUCGGGCCGCAUGCCCGGUCCUCGUGGUGCUCCCCGAAAGCCUCCACCUCCUCCGACUCCCCUCCAGAUGCUGCCAACGCCUCACAUGUUGAAGGACGAUUCCAUUUUCAUGGCAGCCGACUUUGCUCCUGCUCACGGUGUCCGUGAUCGCCGUGAGGGUCGUCCCGAGACCCCCACCGGUGGUAUGAUGCCGUACAGUCCUACCAUUCGUGCUCAUACACCCUUGGCUUCCGCAUUUGAUGAUCUUUCCGUGAUGCCCAGCCCUCACGCUUUGCGGAAAUCGGGCACCUACACGAGUCUGGACUUUGCACCGCCACCCCGGUUCAAGAAUAGUGACACUGGCAGUGAUGCCGGCAGUAUUCGCAGCAACCGCACGGGUAUCUCCAACACUCACAUGAACAACAUCCGCAAUGGCAACUACCGUGUCAGUCGUUUGCCGACCGAUAUGGUUGGAACCCGGGAUGACAUGAUGACCAGUCUGCGGCCCAACUUGGAUAUGACCAGAUAA